AUGGGAAUUCCGUAUGGCAUGUUGACUGGAGCGGUUCUCUUAUGCUAUAUGGCGUGGAGAAUCUCUUCUAGCUCUGGCCCACGUCUUCCCAAAGGUCUCCCUAUCAUUGGCGCACGCAAAGGCGACUGGUUUCCCUUUUUCCAAGCGACACUGCGAAACUCGCUCGACGUGAAAAAGGCAGCACUGGAAGGAUACCAGCAAUACCCUGAUCAGGCGGCAAUCUUGCCUGUUGCCGGUCCUGGAGGAGCCAGCUUCAUCGUCUUGCCUGCCUCUGAGACGCAAUUUGUCAGCGAGCAGCCAGAGUCGGUGCUCAAUCUUCGCGCGGUUAUCAAGGAAGGACUUCUCUACAGAUACACCGUAGCGGAUAACUUCAUUAUUUUAAAUGCGGCGCACCAACAUCUCAUCACAACCACAUUAACGAAUCAAAUUGGCAAUCUGCUGUCCGCGUUGAACGAGGAAACGGCUUUCUGCUUCGAGGAGAUCUGGGGUAGCGACACUGAGACAUUUCGUGACGUAGGCGUGUGGGACACUCUCGGUCGCGUUGUGGGUGAAGUCACAAACCGUGCCUUUGUCGGUCUUCCCUAUUGCCGUGAUCCAGCACUGCUCAACGCCGGCCUUGGUUUUGCUAGGUGUCUGCCUUUAAGCGCCAGGUUUUUAAGCUUCGUAUGGGAGCCCUUGCGACCAUUGGCUUCGCCGCUCUUCACCUUACCGAAUCAUUUUUUCGAGCGACGAUUCACCAACAUUUUACUACCAGAGAUUGAGGGUCGUCUGCGAGAUCGUAUCGAUAAUAUGAAAGAAGACAAGGACAAGUUUGCUGCGGCCAAGAACGACUUCCUGCAAUGGAGUAUCGAGCAAGCUAUUGCCAGCGGCGAUCCACGUAUGUGGAAGCCCAGAACACUAGCAGGCCGAAUUCUUCUGUUGAACCUGGUAUCCAUUCAUACUUCAUCCCUGACGAUCACAAAUCUCGUCCUGGACCUUAUCUCGUCCAAAGCUGAGGUUCUUGAUGAACUUCGCACUGAGAUCACAAGCGUCUUAGCUGAGACGCAGGGUGUCUGGACCAAGAACUCGAUGUACAAGAUGGAGAAACUCGAUUCUGUAUUCCGCGAGAGUGCACGUCUCAACACUCUGACUGCAGUGGCUCUGCGGAGAGUUGUUGUAGCAAAAGACGGCCUAACGACUCCUUUGGGAGUUCACAUUCCCCACGGUAACUUCGUUGCAGUACCCAGCCUCGCUGUAUUAACAGAUGCCAAUAAAUACCCGUCGCCGGAAUUCUUCCACCCGUUCCGGUUCGUCGAUUUACGGCGAGAUGUCAACAGCGGCGAGAGGCUUCCCGAUCACGUGGAGCGGUCACGCAUGUCAUUUGCCGCUACCAGCAACGACUAUCUAGCAUUUGGCAAUGGACGACAAGCUUGUCCUGGUCGUUUCUUUGCUGCAGCGGAACUGAAACUUAUGUUGGCUUACAUUUUACUGCACUAUGACUUCGAGAUGCUGCCGAACAGGCCAUCCGAUAGUUGGGUCGGGAUUUUGCGCAUUCCAUCUCCCAGCGCAAAAAUACGAGUGAAGAAGAGGAAGCCAUCAGAAAUCCCAGAGUUUCGGUUUCCAACGCACGAUGAGGCCUGGACAUAG